GCUGAACACGCGCUGAUUGGUUGGUGCUGUUCUUAGCAUGUCUAUAAAACCACCUUGGCAUCUGCGAGGAACAUCGAUGGUGUCCCAAUCUACUGUCUCUGUGGUCAUAUUGGCUCUCUGGACUGUCGCAGUUCGCGCACAAACGUAUAGUGCAACAUAUUUGCCUUCGAACGCUCCGGCGAUAACCGAAGAAGGGCAGGAAGGAACAAAUCAAUGUGGAACGUCUUCGAACCAAACGUCGUUAUGCCAAAAUGUAUAUGUUAAUUCCGUAACCGACUGGUGUGUUUUCGGACCUCCAGAAUCGGGGCCGGCAUCUACAAUCGGCAAUAUUGAGCGAAUCGCGAUUUCAUGGUGCAUCAAGGACGGUUACGGCACACGUCUUAUACCUGAAGGUACUAUCACAGGGGCGCACAUUGUAAAGACACCCGACUUUGUGCAAGUAACAGGUGUUGGUGAUCUUACGAAACUAAAUAUCCCGGAGGGCGAUGCUGGCGGAGAGUUAGAUCCUCAUGGUGCGGACGGAAAUGGCAACCCUAUCGGCGGGCUUGUGUUUUCUAGUGCGUUCGGUGAACUUCAACAGAUGCAUGAAUGGACGAACUUUGUAUCCUCCGAGAUGUUCUGCAUCCGAGCAUGUGCACCAGGUCCUAUGGCUCCCACGUGGUGCCAGCAUAUCUACGAUGUCCUCGGAUGUCAAUGGAAUAUGCCCGCAAACUAUUCAGCAGGUACCUUCGAAGACUGUGAAGGAGAUAGUGGACAGCCCAUGGGUGUAUAUGGAACUUCUACAUUUUUCCAGGGUCAGGCUGCGACUCCAGCGGCACAUCCAGCACCAUCUUCUUCCUUAUGUACUGCUGUGAACACAAUUGGUGUCGCCUCAUCAACCAGUUCUGCUAGUGUUACUCAGACUGGUAGUAGCUCCGAGACCGCUGGUCGCGCGAGUUCCACAGGCACAAGCGCCGGCGUCAGUGGGACAUCGACGGCGAAUAGUGCAGUUCAUGGGAAGAUGAUCUAUGAGGGGUGGGCAUCACUUAUCCUUUCACUAUUUCCCGUGCUUUUGAGCGGUCUCCAUGUAUACAAUCUAUGAAAUUUGAAGACUUAUACGGACAAUGGUCAUACAGCACGGCUACACACUCACAAAUAUUCAAGGAUCUAGCUGGUGAAGGCCCAAAUGAUCUUGCCGUUUGGUCGCUCCAUUUUCUCAUCAGAUUCACAACUCUCUUUUCUCUUUCUGGGACCUGUUGGGACUUCGAGCACCAGACAGUGGGUUGGCAGGUAAUCAUACGGUUGCCUAUUUGCGAGGAACACCGUUAAGACUCGACCACAAAUUCCUGGCAAGCAUUAAAAGAUGAAAGAGGUCGAGCUCGGACCGACGCUCCGUUUCACGUGUAUAGUCAAGGUACAGCUUUCCAAGGCCCGCUU